AUGAAAAGACACGACACGUUUAAGGACUUAAUAAGACUACAUGACAACUUAAAAAAGGAAGAAAUCCUGGCCUUGUUUUUUCACAGCUGUAUUUUGAACAAUUGCUAUAAUUACAUAUUAAAUGAAGAAAAAAAAUAUGCAACAUCAAAUAAUGAGAAAAUAAAAAUUUCAAAUGGCUAUAUAAAAUAUACACAAGGUGAUGAAAAGGACCAAGUUUUCAUAAGUAGAAUAUUAAUAGAUCCCCUAUGGAGAAAGAGUUCAAAUAAUUACAAUUUUACAUAUAAGUCUACACAAAAUGAUGAUACAUAUAAUUUAAAUAUAUUAAAAAUAGAAAAAUCCUUAGUUCUUCAAAUAAUUAAUACUGCACAACCAUCUACUGUACAUACUGUAACAAUAAAUAUGAACGAGUACAUAAAUAAUACCAAGGAAGAAAAUAUAAUAGACAAAAUUGAAGAAACUAUAAAUAUAGAAAAAUUAGAAAAUAUAUUUCAAAAUCAUAUAUUAAAUAACAUGAAUAAGACAAAUGUUUAUAAUACCAUGAGAAAUAAUAAUAGUCUUAUUAUUGAGUCAAAUAUACAAGAAACACAAAAGGAAAAUAUGUUUAAAGCGAAGGAAAGCCAGUUUUUACAAAAUUUCACAAAUGACUAUUUUGAUGAUAAAAAUCCAACAAUAGAAGGAAGGAAUUUGAUACCAAAUUUUAGAAAAGACGAUUCUGUUUUGAAACCUGAUGGGUUAUUAGUAGGACCAAAUAAUAAAUUUUUUAGCCCAAAAAAUUUACGGUAUGAUCCUAUGGGACCUUUCGGAAACGAGCCCAAUGCUGAUAACAAACCUUUUGAAUUUCAGAAUAAUUUCCCCUUUUAA